AUUGCCUGGUUCGUCGCUCUGCCGUCUCCCUCCCUCCCUCCCUUCGCCCCCGCCUGCGUCUCUUCUGCCUCUUCUUUCUCGGCCCCUAUUCUGCCUCUUCUUAAUUUGCGGUAAAACUGCACUCGGUCGCCUGGAUAUACAGUUGGUGAGCUGAAGUGCCAAGAAAGAGAGAGAAAGGAGAUCAGUACUGGCAAAUGGUGUUCUACUUCAAGGCGCGGCCGGACGCCGGCGAUUACACCAUCUACAUGGGCGCCGACAAGAACGAGAACGAGGAGCUCAUCAAGUACGGCCUCCCCGAGGACGUCUGGUUCCAUGUGGACAAGGUGUCGUCGGCGCACGUCUACCUGAGGCUCAAGAAAGGCGACUCCAUAGACACCAUCAGCGAAGGACUCCUGGAGGAUUGCGCGCAGCUCGUAAAAGCGCAUUCCAUUCAAGGAAACAAGAUGAACAAUGUCGAGGUGGUCUACACGCCAUGGUCUAAUCUCAAGAAGGCGACAUCCAUGGAUGUCGGCCAAGUUGGCUUCCACAACCAUCGCCUGGUGCAUGUUUUGACAGUGGAGAAGCGUGUCAAUGAGAUCCUCAACAGGUUGAAUAAGACCAGGGUCGAGCGCCGACCAGAUCUCAAAGCCGAGAAAGAUGCAUCAAAUGCAGCGGAGAAGGCCGAGAGGAAGAUGCAGCUGAAAGACAAGAAGCGCAGGGAGGAGAUGGAGAGGGUGGUGAAGGAGCGGCAGGCCGAGAUACGGAGCUACAAGGGCCUCAUGGUCGCCGAGAAGAUGACCUCCAACCGCCAGAUCGCCUCGGCCGGCAAGUCCAUACAGGAAAUGGAGGACGAGUUCGUCUAGCAGCUAGCAUCAUGCGUGUGUAGUGUAUCAUCCAUGGCCAUGUGUAUAUGUGCCGAUGCGCGCACCUUGCGUGCGUGUGCGAGCGUGGUCUCGACGAGGCAGCCGAUGAUCGAUCGAUCCUCGAUGUUACUGACGGUGCAGGUGUACAUAUAUAAGGUCCUUGGUUUGGACAGAAAUGAGAAAGCAGCUAGCGCAGAAA